CGAAAUAGGUUACCAAUCAUAGGUCUUGAUCCUGGUGCUUUAGGUGUAAUUGGCAAAGUCGGGAUUGUGAGAAAAUUGCAGUUUCUCUGUUGAAACUUGAAAGGUGCUUUCGCCUCGACAAUGUCCAAUUGAGAUUCUCAGCUCGAGCCGGGAGAUCGUCGGCUGAUCGGCAGAACCCAAGCUGGUGGCUGGUCUCUUACAAUUCACAAAUAACAAUCACAAAUCAUGGCGGCAACAGACAACAACGGCAACUCAAACGGUGUCGACUUCGUUGAAAAAGAAACCGCCUUCAACGAGUUCUACAGCGAGGUAAAACAAAUAGAAAAAAGAGACUCAGUUUUAACUCCAAAACAACAGAUAGAGAGGCUUUUGAGGCCCGGCUCGACCUAUUUCAACCUAAAUCCAUUCGAAGUUCUUCAAAUCGACCCUGACAUCUCCAUAGAAGAGGCCAAGAAGAAGUAUAGGAGAUUAUCGAUAUUGGUGCAUCCUGACAAAAAUCAAGAUGAUCCAGAUAGAGCACAGCAAGCUUUUGAAAUUGUUAACAAAGCGUGGAAGACAUUGGAAAAUGAGGAGACGAGAAAAAAAUGUAUGGACGUUAUUGAAGAAGCCAGGGGAAGGACUGAUUUAAUGAUUGAUGAGAAGAGAAAAAGACUAAAAAAGGAAGGUAAAGGCAGUUACGUAGAAGAGGACGAUCCUUUAAAGUACAAACAUGCUGUUUAUGUCCUGACGAUGAAGCUGUUCGCUGAUAUGGAAAGGAAAAGACGAGAGUUAGAAAUGAGAGAUACAGAAGAGAGGAAGCGUAAAAGAGAAGCGGAAAUUGAAGAAGAGGAAGCUGCAAAAUUGAGCAAAGAAUGGCAAAAAAAUUUUGAGGAGUCACGUCAGAAUCGUGUCGACAGCUGGAAAGCAUUCCAAGCAGGAGGGGCAUCCAAAGUAUCAAAAGCAAAAAAGUUCAAAGGAGGUUUAAAGCCUCCCAAGCAUAAAGCCGAGACAAGAUAACACGCAUAACGAAAUCAAUUGAAAUAAAAUAACUGUAUAGUUUAUACAAAUUUAAUGUGUGUUCAAGGUUUCUUUGAAUUUAUUUCUUAAUGUAAAGUAUAUUUUCUCUUAGAUAUAAUAAAUUGUAGAGCCUUGCAACCUUUGUUCGAAUUUGUAACGCCACAUCGAAAAGCCAAUAUGAAGCUGAAUGAAAACUGAUGUCCAAAAGUCAGCUAGAUUUGUGUAGUAAAACUUGUGACAUAAAUUAAAAUUCAAAAGUACAUUCUUUUAAAUACCAGCCCUAAAGACAUUUUUAGCAAACCUCAGACAUAACAAUGUUACAAGCACAAGAUAACAUUUAUGUUGUAAAUAUAUUUAUGUUUAUUAUUUGUAUUGUAGAUAGGUCUGCGUUUGUUUGUACAUUAAUAAAAACUUUUCUCUCUCUUUGUAUUAA